AUGGCGGCUGUGUCUUUGAUAGUCCCAGUAAGUCUGUACUUUCUUGGCGUAUUUUGCACACAUUUACUCUGGCCAGAUGUAUACUUCGCUGGCAGAGUCAUCAGUGAAUCUAAUGGCUUCGAAACUCGGCCGACUCUCGCUUCAUUUAACGUGAAUUUGGUGAUAUUCUUCGACAUUCGUCGCCACAUGGCUAUCCGCCAUAUUGGAUUUUACAAACCAUCAACCGCUUACUUUGCAGCAAGGGUCAAGCGAUAUUCGAACUCAGAGUCGACUUUUCAGCUGGAAAGGUUAGCAGUCAGUGGCGAUAUUUCACCAAAUCCAGGGCCUGAUAAAUGCAGCACAUGCUUAAGAUCUAUCGCUCGUAAUCAUCGUGUAUUAUGCUGUGCUUCAUGUUCAAGUGAGUACCACAUUAAAUGUGGUGGUGUGAAGCCUUUCGAGUACAAACGCAUGCAGCAGUUUGCAAACCAAGUUUGGAUCUGCCCAAUGUGUAUUUCUAGACAUUUAAUGGAACAGCUACCAUUCUAUGAUGUGAGCAAUUAUAUUACUGAAUCGUUGGCAAUUUCGGAGGAGGUAGUGGAGACUGACUUGGAACAGGAGGACGCUACACUGAUGAUUGACCCACUUCAAACUGCCAGACAAAAGAAUGGCAAGGAUUUAUUGGUGUGUCAUUUAAAUAUAAACAGUAUCCAGAAUAAAUUUGAGGAAUUGAAGGAUAUUAUUCUCAAAUCAACUGUGCAAAUUAUGGCUGUAAGUGAGACAAAAAUUGACGGAUCGUACCCAGAUUGUCAGUUUCUCAUACCGGGUUAUUAUUUACACCGGAAUGAUAGGAAGAAAGGAGGUGGUGGAGUUCUCAUGUUUGUUUCUUCCAAGAUACAAUCUAAGAGGAUAUCCAUUGAAAGGAAAUACAAAACAAUCGAGCCUCUGGCACUAGAGAUUGGCCUUAAAUCAAGAAAUGCAAUAGUCGUGGCUAUCUAUAGGCCACCAAAGAAAGUCACUGGAAGUUAUCAACUAUUGCUAGAAGAAGAACUGAGCCAUAUUUCCAACUGGGCUGGAUUGCAGUACUCAACUGUUAUAAUGACUGGUGACUUGAAUUUGAAUAGGCUUAAGCCAGAUAGCACUGAGGGUAAACUACUGCUUGACCUUGAAGUGGAACAGGGAUUUGACUGUAUGAUAACCACACCUACAAGGAUACAAAUGCAAGGAUCAAUUACUACACACAGUCUGAUAGAUGUUAUUCUCACCAACCAACCACAAUUGUUUGGUGACUGUGGAGUAUAUAACCCAGAGAUCAGUGAUCAUGCACUUGUAUAUGGGUUCUUGAAUGAGAAGGUAAAACCUCAAAAAGGCAAGAUUGUUAAAUUUAGAUCAUUUAAACAUCUUGACGCAGAAAAGUAUAAGGACGAACUGAUGCAGGCUCCCUGGCAUGUAGGUGAAAUUUUUGAUACUGCUGAUGAUAAGACCAGUUUUUUGGAAACAUUGUUAUCUAGUAUUGUUGAUGAGCAUCUUCCGGAAAAGAAAAUGAGAGUGAGGACUCAAGAUGUCCCUUAUAUGACAAACGAAUGGAAAAAAGCCAUUAGGGCUAAGAGAAGAGCAGCAAAGAAAUAUCUGAAGGUGCAAAACAGAGAGAAUUGGGAGGCUAAACGUAAAGCAAGAAACGAGGCCACUAGACUCAGGAGAAAGGCGAUAAGGGAGUAUUGGAAAGAUCAAACUACUAAAUUGAAAUGUAAGCCUGGUGAGUUCUAUAAAACAUUUAUGCCCUUCUUGAGUGAAAAGAGGAAUAAGGGUACCACUAAUGAGUUGAGCUUAAACAUUGAAGGAGCGAUAAGUCAUGAUCAAAGUAAGAUUGCAAAUCAUCUAUGUCACUAUUUUUCUACCAUUGCUGAUGGUAUUGGUGACACAGAAGGCAUUACUGACUCUUCUUUUGUGACUCAUUCAAGUGUUCGGAAUAUCACAGAGAAUAUGAUAGGCCAUCAAGACUUCCAGUUUCGGAAUCUGGAGAUACUUGAGGUGGAGACCGCACUGGAAAGUAUUAACCCCAGAAAGAGUACUGGUUGGGAUGGUGUCCCCCCCAAAGCAUUUAAGCUGGGUGCUAGAGAACUAUCAGGGCCUCUGACAGCAUUAUACAAUUCAUGUAUAACAUUGGGUGAGUGGCCUGCGGUGUGGAAGAAAGGAGAGUGGACACCAGUAUUUAAGAAAGAGGACCCCCAUGAGAAAAAGAACUAUAGGCCCAUAACUGUACAAGUUACUACAAAUAAGAUUUUUGAACAGUUACUUAGUAAACAGCUUAAUUAUAGUUUCAAUGAUAAAUUAUGUGAUAAACUGACAGCCUACAGGAAAAAUCAUAGCUGCGAAACAGCUCUACUGGCUAUGACAGAGAAUUGGAAGAUAUCUUUAGAUGAACAUAAAGUGGUAGGUGUUCUUUCUACGGACAUGAGUAAAGCCUUUGAUUCCCUCUACUAUCCACUCACACUUGCUAAAUUAAAGGCUUAUGGUAUUCGGGGGAACAGUCUAAAAUUGUUGGACUCCUACUUCACUGAUCGGUACAAUAGGGUGAAGUUGGGAUCCACAGUGAGUGAGUGGGAGAGGGGGUCAAGGGGAUGUCCACAGGGCUCCGCAUUUGGACCAUUGAUAUGGAACAUGUUCCAAAAUGAUCUGACAUACAGUGUAAAUUCUAAUUCUAAUAUCAAUAUGUAUGCAGACGACCACCAGUUCCAUGCUGCAGGCAGUAAUGUUACUGAGGUGCAUGAUAAGUUAAUAGCAAGUGCCGAAUUAGCCUCCAGAUGGGCGAGUGAUACUAGAAAAUUGGAACGUAUUCAAGAAAGGGCACUUAGGGCAGUUUACUGUGAUAAGGGGAGUAGUUAUGAUAAAUUAUUAGACAUGGCUAACCUAAGUACACUGCAGAACAGAAGACUACAGGACAUAGCCAUUCUUAUGUAUAAGGUAGUAUUUAGUGUCCCCAGUUAG